ACACCAAUUUUAACUUGGGAUUCUGUGGAGCCGCUUGCAAAAUUAUUCAUAGAAGUCGUAACGGGUUGUUUUUUUGAAAUUAGUUAGAACUGCUGCAGUAGUCCAUUAGCUCGCUGCUGUGCAGUUAGCUGCUGUUUUCCAAACUGAUCAAUGCGCGCGUAGAGUGUGUGAGUGCGAGUGCGUGUGUGUGUGGCUCGUUCUACGCAGAAUGUCGCUCCUGAUACAAGAGGCCGCCAGUUCCCACCGGAUACACCAUACCAAUACCAUUCUGGGCGCAGUUAGCAACGCACUCACCGUACACUCACGCUCACGGCGAUCCAUCUACGCCUCGCAGGAGUCACUGCAGGCCAUCGACGUAGGUGGCCCGAAUUCGAAGGCGCGUAGAAUGUUUUCGGCGACGGCGGAUCUGAUUACGAGGAUAGGUGUUGAUCACAUUAUCAUUGGAUUUCUAUCGAUUCUUCUUCAGAUUAUCGUGGAUUUGAUUCAUCAUGUUUUCCUGGUAUACGAAUGUGACCUUUUCGGACCACAUUUGGUAUACAGCCAGUUGGGCAUCUUCUUCGGUAUAUUCUAUAUUGUCAUUGGUAUCGUCGCUGUACGAAUAGGACAACUGACGAAAGGAUCACCAACGGAGGAGAUGAAAAAGCGUUUCUGUACAUUCCAUUUUUUCAAUGUUCUAAACUUUCUGCUUUCCUUCCUGUUCCUAACAGCCAGUUGUUUCCUGAUGUACACACUGGUGGAGCGGUAUUCGUACAGUGGAUGCACGAGUUUCAAUUGGACAUUGCUGAACUUCAUGACCACUUCGUACAAUCUACCGAUCGUGUUGCGGAUGCAGCCACCGGUAAAUGUCACCGAGUCGCUCAACGAACUGACCAUUGGUCAGAAAGUAGAAAUUGACAACGCAAUUAUGUGCGCAAUGAUUGCAAAUGGCUUUCAUGGGUUGAUAGCUGCAUUGGAAAUGUUACUGACUCUUGUCGGGUGCAUGUGCCGAAUUUCUUAAUUUCUCUAACUAUUCCAUCGAUACAAACUGCUGUGGUAUUACUAAAGCAUAAGUAUUAAAUUUUGCAUAUGUAUAUAAACCAGUUAUAAAGAAGCGCUACGCAUUAAAAAAAUUGUACAAUAGGUAUAUUAUGCAACUUCAUGCUUUCACAUAUUUUACGAAGUAGAGAACUGUAAUUCUUGAGCGCUGGAGCUUUUUGUGAAGUUUUAAUCUGGAAAUUCAAUAAUAAUUACUCGACAAAAUUACC